GUUCACCGUGACGUAUCGAGAUAAUCAAUUGAACACCGCCCUUUCUCCUCUUGCGAUAUUUCUCUCUUCCACAUCAGUGCUUGAACCACAGUUAGGUUCCCAGAUAAUGGCCAAGGAAACACACACCGAUGACUUAGACGAGCUUCUCGACAGCGCCUUGGAUGAUUUCAAGGAUCUCAAUCUUACUCAAAGAAAUGAAGGGGUGAAAAAGGAAGAUGGUGGCAAAGAAGAGAUGGAGUCAUUGCCUAGUGGGGUUCAGGGUCUUGGAAUGGGAUUACCAGACAUGAGGACCAAGAAGAAAGGAAAGAACAAGGUUGCUAAAGAGGACCAUGUUGCUGAGGCUCUCGAUAAACUCAGGGAACAAACUAGAGAAACCGUCAAAGGGCUCGAGUCCUUGUCAUCCAAGCAGCUGCUGCCGCCGGGUUCUUCUGAUGAUGCUAUGGUUGAAGAUUGGAUCAAACAGUUCGAGGAUCUUACUGGAUCUCAGGAUUUGGAGUCAAUUGUGGACACGAUGAUGCAACAGCUGUUGUCCAAGGAUAUUCUCCACGAACCAAUGAAAGAGAUCGGCGCAAGAUACCCGAAAUGGCUGGAAGAGCAUGAAAGCACUCUAAGCAAAGAAGAUUUCGAACGUUAUUCACGCCAAUAUGAACUGAUCAAAGAGCUCAACUUGGUCUACGAGAACGAACCAAACAAUUCGACCAAGAUCAUGGAGAUAAUGCAGAAGAUGCAAGAGUGUGGACAACCACCUAGUGAUAUAGUGCAGGAGAUGGAUCCUGGUUUUGAUUUCGCUAGUCUAGGACAGAUGUCUCCGGAUAUGCUCGAGUCUUCACCAAACUGUUGUGUUAUGUGAUAGUCGAAGCAGGUUUCGUGGCCUGGUCAGGCCAUUGGAGACCAUGUUUUUCUUUGCAUUGUGCAAUGCAAAGCUUGUGUUUAGGUGUUAAAUUAACUUGAAUACUUGGUUAUUUUAUAUUGGGAUCGGUUCAGGUUCUUUUGGAUUUUUUAUUAUUUGAAAAUAAUGUUACUGUAUUGAAAAAAGAAUUCAUGAGAAAGAUUAUUGUAGAACAAAGUCAA